AUUUCUUUAGUUACCAUUCAUCAGGAAUCUCUAAAUCGAGUUUUGAAGCUGCGACGACCAGCUGUGUCGACUGUCGGGAUCUUCCCCGUCGUCGUUUUGCUCGCUCGCCCAUCUUCGAUUCGAAGCGAACCUCUCUCUCGAUUUCGACGAAAUCUUAGCGAAGGGGAACAUGCUGUGGUAGAUCUAUUUUGCUUAGAUUUUCGCAAAGACUAGGAAAAAGUCGCCAUUGGUAUUGACGAGAGAGGAAGGAUUUUCACCAUCAGCCUCACACGUAUUGAGAGAAAGACGGCGCCAUGGAUUUGGAUCAAUGGAUAUCGAAGGUUAAAGAAAGCCAACAUCUGACGGAGGACGAGCUUCAACUUCUCUGCGAAUAUGUAAAGGAAAUCCUCAUUGAGGAAUCAAAUGUACAACCUGUCAACAGUCCAGUCACUGUUUGUGGUGAUAUCCAUGGCCAGUUUCAUGAUCUUAUGAAGCUUUUCCAGACCGGAGGUCAUGUUCCAGAGACAAAUUACAUAUUUAUGGGGGAUUUCGUUGAUAGAGGUUACAACAGCCUUGAAGUUUUCACUAUUCUUUUACUCCUUAAAGCAAGAUAUCCUGCUAACAUUACACUAUUGCGUGGUAAUCACGAAAGCAGACAGCUAACUCAGGUGUAUGGCUUCUAUGAUGAAUGCCAAAGGAAGUAUGGUAAUGCUAAUGCGUGGCGAUAUUGCACUGAUGUUUUUGACUAUCUUACUCUGUCAGCUAUUAUAGAUGGCACUGUUCUGUGUGUUCAUGGUGGUCUUUCCCCUGAUGUUCGGACAAUCGACCAGAUAAGACUCAUUGAGCGAAAUUGUGAAAUUCCACAUGAAGGGCCCUUCUGUGAUCUUAUGUGGAGUGAUCCUGAAGAGAUUGAAACAUGGGCUGUCAGUCCACGUGGAGCUGGCUGGCUUUUUGGAUCCCGGGUUACUUCUGAGUUCAACCACAUCAAUAAUCUUGAUCUAGUUUGUCGAGCUCAUCAACUUGUGCAAGAGGGUCUCAAGUACAUGUUCCAAGAUAAAGGCCUAGUAACGGUAUGGUCUGCUCCGAAUUACUGCUAUCGCUGCGGGAACGUGGCUUCUAUAUUAAGUUUCAACGAGAACAUGGAGAGGGAAGUGAAGUUCUUCACAGAGACAGAAGAGAACAACCAAAUGAGAGGGCCGAGGACCGGAGUUCCGUACUUCCUUUGAUCUUAUCAGCCAAAACCCUUGAUUUUGAUGAAGAAGAAGCCGUUGGGGCAAUGUAUGUUUUUUACAAGUUCUACUUGUUUACACUGUUAGGCAAACAUUUCUGAUUAUUUUUUUGUGAGUCGCAAAGUGUCUCUGUCUUUGCCCAGGAACUGCUUCUGAUCUGUAUUCGCUUAAAGUGCUUUCAUCCUGUCUGGCUGUAAUAUGUAAGACCUUCACACGUUCUCUCUCUUUUGUAGCUUUGAGAUGUUGCAUUGGUUACAGAUAUGAUUCA